AUGGUCGUCAAGUUGCCUGGGUAUGAUGUGGUGGUCAAGUUCAGCCCAUCGGUCCAAAUUCACGAGGCAGAGAAUCAACAGAGAGAGUGCGAAGUAGUUAACCCAGACAUUGUGACGAUUCGUCACAUUCAUAAUAUUUUUCAUAUGAUGAGGGUUGGCCAUAUAUUGUUUAGGACUUUAUUCGAGGAAAGACCAUCGAGCAUCCCUCAGCAUCUCGCCAGUGUUCUCGAGCUUUUGAAAUCUAUUACCGUCAAUAUCCCUGGUAGUCUUAGCGGCGGGCCGUCGACAGGAUUGCUUUGGGGUAAUACAAACGGUUUGAUCUUCAACGCAUUGAACAGCUGGAGGGGUGGUACAACCAGGUGGCUUCUACCAGGACAAGUUAAGGUCCAAACUGAACCGGGAGAUUCAUUAGUGUGCUAUGUCUUUUAG